AUGGGUGCUCGUCUUCGGUUGGGGCUGCUGCACUUACCAUGCCGGCUCAUGCUUCGGUCUCAUCAUGAGGCAGUUCGUCUUCAGACUACAGGGGCCCGACAGCUUCAUGCUGACCAUCGGAAUCGACUAUCCAACGUCUGGAUCCCUGCUGCUACUGUGGCUGCAAAGGACGUCAAGGAAGAUGAGGAAUCACAUUCAAAGCUAAUACGAGCUGGGUUUCUGCGACAAGCGCAUUCCGGUAUCUACCACAUGUUGCCGCUGGGCCAUAGGGUACAGCAGAAGAUUGAGGACCUUAUUGAUAAGCAUAUGAGAUCCGUUGGUAUGACGAUCCGCAACUACAAGACUUGUUCGCGUGACUUGGCUAAGAUAUCCUCAGGUGCGUCGAAGCUUGCGUUGUCGACCAUCUCGUCCGAGGCACUAUGGCAGCGAAGCGGCCGUCUGCAGAGCAUUGGCUCCGAGCUCUGGCGCCUCAGUGACCGGAAGAAGGGCAAGUACUUGCUUGGCCCAACCCACGAGGAAGAGAUCACCAACAUGGUCUCUCAAACGGUCAACUCUUUCAAAAACCUCCCUAUACGGCUUUACCAGAUAAGUCCGUCAAGCUUUCCCAUACCCUCUGCGUCCGGCAAUGAGUUCCUGACUUGCUCCACAGCGAGGAAAUACCGUGACGAAGCCCGGCCCCGUCACGGUCUGCUGCGCUCGCGCGAGUUCACCAUGAAGGACCUGUACACCUUUGACACCACCACCGAGGCGGCGCUCGCCACAUAUGAGCAGAUACGCAGUGCGUACAACAACUUCUUUGCAGAGCUCAAGGUCCCCAUUCUAGUCGCGGAGGCCAGCUCUGGCGACAUGGGGGGGGAUCUGAGCCACGAGUACCACAUUGCAACCUCGCUGGGCGAAGACCAUGUCAUCAGCUGCGACAGCUGCGACUAUGUUGCGAACGCCGAAUUAGCCGAGACUCGUCCUGUGGCGCAGAACGAGCCGCUCUGGCCAAAGCCCGAAGUGCAAGGUAUUCGUGUCUGGCGCGGUAUCACCAAAGACAGGUCGACACUCGUCAACGUCUGGUACCCGGCAUCAGUCACCGACUCAAAGGGGAGGACAACCAGAUUCGACGACGACGAAGUUAACAUCGACGCUGUCAAGACCCUAGUCCCAGGCCUAGACGCCGGAAUCGAUGACCCCCUCCCCCUCUGGCAGACAGUCCUCGACCAAGUCCAGAACCCCAGCUCAUCCGCAACAGACCCAUCCCCCCGCCUCCUCAACCUCGUCGACAGCCGCCUGCCCUCCUUCUCCGCCGAGCAGCUCGCCGCCCAGGACACCUCCGCCGACACCCCCUCGCUAUGCCCCUUCCCCUCCACAUCCUCCCUGGCCGCGGCCCUCGCCACCCUCCCCUCCACAACCCAAACCACCACAACCGAGGACUCCUCCCCCCUGAACCUCCUGCGCAUCCAGCCGGGCGACCCCUGCCCGAAGUGCGACGCGGGCGCCCUCAACGUCCAAAAGGCCAUCGAGCUAGGCCACACCUUCCACCUCGGCACGCGCUACUCGGAGCCCCUCGGCGCCGCCGUCGCCCUGCCCAACAAUAACAGCAGCAAGUCCCCCACCACCGCCCCGGCGCCCCUGCAGAUGGGCUGCCACGGCAUCGGCGUGUCGCGCAUCAUCGGCGCCGUGGCCGACCACCUCGCCGACGGCAGGGGCCUCAACUGGCCGCGCACCAUCGCGCCCUACGAGGUCGCCGUGCUGGCGGGCCACAGGCUCGAGGGCGCGGCGGCGCAGGUCUACGACGCGCUCGCCUCCGCGCCCGGCGCGGCAGGCGACCUGGUCCUCGACGACCGCGACAGCUCGCUCGGGUGGAAGAUGAAGGACGCCGACCUCGUGGGCUACCCCGUCGUCGUCGUCGUCGGCAAGUCGUGGAGCGAGGCGGCGCGCAUGUGCGAGGUGCAGUGUCGCAGGCUCGGGGUCAAGGAGACGGUCGCGAUAGACGAGUUGCCUGCCUAUACCAAGGCGCUCCUGGACCAGCUGUAG